AUGAACACAUGCACAGGCGGACAAGCCAGCAUGACCCAUAUGCCACAGGGCAAUCUGACCGACCGGCAGACUGACACACACGAAUGUGGCCCAGCACAAAUGUCAGUUAUCUUGCCCCAUUGUUGCGGAGACCUAUCGGCAAAUGCCCUCGUCGAACUAAGGCAGCACAGAUCUAUGGCCCAAUUAACCGUACGGCUUCUCUCUCUCCCUCCCUCCCUCACUCACUCACUCACUCACUUUGUCUCUCACUCGCUCAUUCACUCUGUCACUCUGUCUCUCUCUCUUCCUCUCUCUCACACUCACUAUGUGACUCUUUUUCUCUCUCCUUUCCACCCC